CAGUUAGCAGAUAUCUUACCAACCGACGAAAACUUUUUGUUGAUCUUCAGAAAAAACGAGAACAUCACAGACAGCAGAGCCUUAUUAAAGCUAUGGAAGAAGUACGACACAAACUCCAGUGGAUUCAUAGAGCGUUCUCAGUUGAAAUCAUUCAUUCGUGAUCUGUGCCGUGGUAAGGAGGUUGAUGACGAUAAACUAGAAGAAUACGCUGCAGCUACGAUCAGGAUCUGUGACAGGAAUAACGAUGGCCGACUUGGUCUAAGAGAGAUGACAAGAUUGCUGAAUAUCAAACAGGAAUCGAAUUUUUUGAACCAAUUUGAUGAAAGGGUAAAGAACAUGACGGAAAAGGAGAAGAUACGUCACAUCAACAGGGUUUUUCAUCAUUAUGCACAGGAUGGGUGUAACGAGAUCGAAGGAGAGCAGCUCGAUGCAUUCAUCUCAGAUCUGAUGGAUACGGACUCUAAGAUGGACAUGUCGCAACUUGAAAUAAGCAAGAGAGCUAUUUUACAUAACUUUGACUGCAAUCGAGACGGCAAAAUCAAUUUGGAUGAGCUUGCUAUGUGUCUCAACUGUUAUAAGUUCAGCUAAAUAAUAAAUCAUUGACAUACAAGCGAAAAAGGGGUUGAUUUCAUGAUACAUUUACAAGCAUCUAUUCUGCCACACAAUGAAAUGUAUGUUGUAUUGAUCACUGUGCCUGAAUUCUCAUGUGAUUAAAAAGUUACGAGUUACUUUGGUGUCACUUGUAUCGUCCUGUGAAAAAAAAUAUGUUGUAAACUUGAGUUUUAACAUUUUGCCUCCAGCAACAUCAUUAAAUGUAGGCCUAUUUCAACAAAAGCUUAGUUGACAAAGAAAAUAAUUUAUAGCCAAAUUGCGAAUCGUAUAAAAUAGUAUUCAAGAUAAAGUGUAAAAAUAUAGAAAUUUGUAAAAUAUUCAUUUUUCAUAGUUGAAAUGAAUAUAAUAUCAUCUCGGAAAGAAUAUCAAGUAAUAUUACCAGAAAUGUAGGGUGAAUUUGUCUUGUAAUUGUGCAGUUUCUGAUGAUAAAUAAUGUUCUCUGACUAAAAUGCGGCCUUUGGAUUUAUAAAUUGUUAUUGCGUUUGUGGAGGCUUUAAUGUUAGUGGAUAUUAUAGAAGAGUUACAAUGUAGAAUGUAGCAUAUGACAAAAUACAUGACAGUGUAUUGUAAAGCAUGCUAGUGCAAAUAUUGUCAUUCAGUAUAAUUUCAUUUAGAGCACACAUAGUAUACUAUUUCGGAUAGAUGUAUAGAUGAGUUUAUUAACAUUCCAUCACUUUUAUUCUGAUGUACAUGGUAAUUUGUCUUAUCUAUUAAUAGGUUUGACGUAAAAUAUCUAUUUGCACCUAAAAUAUAAUGUAUAUUAUGAAACAUUCAUGUUAUAAAUGUCAGUUAUGAUAUGCCAAUACUUGUAUGAUAUAUAAUGAUUUUAACAGUGUAUAUUACUUGUCACCAAGAGUUAAUUGAUUAAUUAAUUAUAUUAUGUAUAUAUACCCAUGAAAAGCAUAGGAGCUAGGAUAUUAUUUUGAAGGAUCUGUGUCGACCAUCAUCAUGGUUUCAUAAAGAACUGGGGUAGGGGAAGAUGGACAUUGGCUCUCCCUCUCUGAGAUUUUGAGCCAUGCAUUGAACAUUAGAGUAUUAAAUUUGAAUUUUGAAAAAAGAAGAUUAGAAUACAUUUUGAACCGCUCGUUCGCUUUGUUGUUCCUUCCUGGCAUGUCUUCUUGUAAGUAAUUUGUUAGGUCUAUUGUUGCAGACUGCCCCCACCACCACCAUAACCACCAACAUACCACAACCACAACCCCUACCACCACCACCACCACCACCACCACUAGCAUCACCGCGGGGGAAUGCUGGGGUACAUUGCUUGAUUUUGAGGUGUACAGCCUUCGUUCUUAUUUUUGGUAAAAAUACGAGUAAAAAUUGAUGGAUUCAUGGUGGUAUAAAACAAGGUAUAUUUCCUCAGAAAUAUUUAUGUAAAACUGGCGUCUUACACUCUUACGAAACAUGUAUGGUAAAUGUAAAAAAGCCCUGUGUUGUAAACUUAACAGAAGUAAAUUUGUUCAACACCUUAACUCAAUUUUAAGCAUGCCCUCCUUCACCCCCCUCGUAUUAAAGGUAUAUCGCCAAAUAGUUGAGAUGUCAAAUAUGGUAUUCUCCUUUCUUCUUAUAUUGAAAAUUACAUGGGUUUUUUUCUUAAAAAGGAGGAAUGUAUUUACAGUAUGCACAAUAAACAUUACUAGAGGAGCUUGUGAACAUUCUCAGCACUGACUAAAUUAAUGCAUCUAUUUAAGUAAAAUUGUUGGUUUUGAUCCUCUGAUGGAACCAGGGGUUCUGAUCGCCCCCACCUCAACUUUCAAAACCAUUCCACGUCCCCUGGUAAAUACCAUCAUCUCAAAAUUAUUUUUACCAGGCGAAGUCUGCAAGAUCUUUGGGAAAAGUAUUACUAUCAGCUGCAGUAGAAAAACCAAUCUACCAAGGGCCUUCAUCUAACAGUGAAUUGGAAAUUAAAGCAACAUGAAUUUCAGUCAGGGCAGACAUCAAUGGAACAAACUGUGUCUUGUUUAGUUGUUUGCAAUGUGUAAAGCUGUUUAACUUUUGUAGUCACAUUGUUAUUAUUAUUUUUUAGUCAUAUUGUGCUAUCGAAUAAAAAAUGAAGACAGUGCUGAAAGUG